AGUACUUUCAACUUGCAACUCCCUUGUAUGUGGACCUUUGAGUUCCACGUAUGUAUACAAUCCAUCCAUUUGAUACUUGAGUGCUACCCUCAUUCUUAUUAAAGGGUCUUUUUGGGUUGUUCUAUGUAUGCACAUUUUCAGAUUGCGGCACUUGAAUUAAGGGAAAAGGGUUGAAACUUACUGGUUUUUGUUACAUAGUAAACUAAAUAGUAGAGAGCAAGGAUGAGAGUUGCAGUGGUUGGUAGUGGGAUUAGUGGGUUGGCUUCAGCUUAUCUUUUGGCCAAAGGGGGAGUGAAUGUGGUGCUCUAUGAGAAGGAGGAUUCGUUGGGAGGACAUGCCAAGACUGUGAAUGUUGAUGGGGUUGAUGUUGACCUUGGCUUCAUGGUCUUCAAUCGGGUCACCUAUCCUAACAUGUUGGAUUUUUUUGAGAAUCUUGGAGUUGACAUGGAAUCAUCAGACAUGUCUUUUUCUGUUAGUUUAGACAAAGGUCGUGGAUGCGAAUGGGGAAGCAGAAAUGGUUUGUCAAGCUUGUUUGCACAGAAGAAGAAUGUACUGAAUCCUUACUUCUGGCAAAUGAUAAGGGAAAUUGUCAAGUUCAAAGAUGAUGUUAUUAGCUAUCUUGAUAUGCUUGAGAAUAACCCAGAUAUUGACCGCAACGAGCCUCUAGGGGAAUUCAUCAAGUCAAGGGGUUACUCCGAAUUAUUUCAGAAAGCCUAUCUUAUUCCAAUUUGUGGUUCUAUCUGGUCCUGCUCUUCUGAAGGAGUUAUGAGUUUCUCUGCUUUCUCAGUUCUUUCAUUCUGUCGCAACCACCAUCUACUUCAGCUCUUUGGCAGACCACAGUGGCUAACUGUAAGAUGGCGCUCACAAACUUAUGUUAAUAAGGUCAAACAAGAGCUUGAGAGGGAAGGUAGUCAAAUAAUAACUAAUCGUGAGGUUCACUUGGUUUCGACGACAUCUGAAAAAGGAUGUGUUGUGUACUGCAAUGAUGGUUCUCAAGAAAUGUAUGAUGGAUGCAUAAUGGCAGUGCAUGCACCUGAUGCCUUGCGAUUAUUAGGAGAUGAAGCAACAUAUGAUGAGCGAAGAAUACUCGGAGCUUUUCAAUAUGCUUACAGUGAUAUUUUUCUUCAUCGUGACAAAAAUUUAAUGCCCCAAAACCCAGCAGCAUGGAGUGCAUGGAAUUUUCUUGGUAGUAACAACAACAAAGUUUGUCUAACAUACUGGAUCAAUAUUCUUCAGAAUAUUAAAGAGACAAGUCAACCCUUUCUUGUAACUCUCAAUCCAGACCAUAUACCAGAAAAUACCUUGCUAAAGUGGUCAACUGGCCAUCCAGUCCCAUCAGUUGCUGCAUUCAAAGCUUCAUUAGAGCUUGACCAUAUUCAAGGGAAAAGAAAAAUCUGGUUUUCAGGAGCAUACCAAGGUUAUGGAUUUCAUGAAGAUGGAUUUAAGGCUGGCAUGAUCGCAGCUCAUGGCAUUCUAGGAAGCUGCUGUGUCCUUCAGACCAACCCAAAACACAUGGUACCUUCUUGGAAGGAACUGGGAGCACGCAUUUUUGUGACUAGAUUCCUGAGUUGCUAUAUCACUACUGGUUGUUUAAUGUUACUGGAAGAGGGAGGAACAAUGUUCACCUUUGAGGGAACUGGGAAAAACUGUGGUCUGAAGAGUGUUUUGAGGGUCCACGAUCCACAAUUUUAUUGGAAGGUGAUGACACAGGCAGAUUUAGGCCUUGCAGAUGCAUAUAUCAAUGGGGACUUUUCAUUUGUUGAUAAAGAUGAAGGUCUCUUGAAUCUUAUUUUGAUUCUCAUAGCCAACAGAGAUUCAAAUGCAUCCAACUCAAAACUGAAGAAGAAUAGGGGUUGGUGGACACCCGUUUUCUUUACGUCUGCUUUGACAUCUGCAAAGUUCUUCAUGGAUCAUGUUUCAAGGCGAAAUACUCUCACGCAGGCUCGCAGGAACAUCUCUAGGCAUUAUGAUCUGAGCAAUGACCUCUUUGCGACUUUCUUGGAUGAAACAAUGACAUAUUCAUGUGCAGUGUUCAAGAAUAAAGAUGAAGACUUGAAAGAUGCACAAAAGAGAAAAAUCUCUCUCCUGAUUGAAAAAGCUAGAAUAGAGAAGACACAUGAAAUUCUUGAGAUUGGAUGUGGAUGGGGAAGUUUAGCCAUUGAAGUUGUCAAACAAACCGGCUGCAAAUACACUGGUAUCACUUUGUCUGAGGAGCAACUGAAACUUGCAGAACAAAGAGUUAAAGAUGCUGGGCUUCAGGACCGCAUCAAUUUUGUUCUAUGCGACUAUCGCCAAUUGCCCAAGACAUAUAAAUACGAUAGGAUUAUAUCUUGUGAAAUGAUAGAAGCUGUUGGUCAUGAAUACAUGGAAGAGUUCUUUGGCUGUUGUGAAUCAGUAUUGGCGGAUAAUGGACUUCUUGUUCUCCAGUUCAUAUCAAUCCCGGAUGAGCGUUAUGAUGAAUAUAGGCGCAGUUCUGAUUUUAUAAAGGAAUAUAUAUUUCCAGGAGGUUGCCUACCCUCUCUAAGUAGGAUAACAUCUGCCAUGGCAGCCACAUCCAGACUAUGCGUGGAGCACGUUGAAAACAUAGGUAUUCAUUACUACCAAACACUCAGAUGCUGGAGAAAAAACUUCUUGAAAAGGCAGAAUGAAAUUUUGGCUCUCGGAUUCAAUGAAAAAUUUAUCAGGACAUGGGAAUACUAUUUUGAUUACUGUGGUGCAGGUUUUAAGUCACUCACACUAGGGAAUUAUCAGGUGGUUUUCUCACGCCCUGGUAACGUUCCUGCAUUAGGCGAUCCAUACAAAAGCUAGACCAAAACCAGUUGACAGAACAAGCCUCACACAUUCUACCAAAGUGCAUUACAUGAUGGUGCCACCAUGUAUCUCCUUUCUUGAUAAUCUCGAAGUAAUUUUUUUGUCAAUAUAGAUCUCUUGUACAUUGUUAAAAUAGAGGAGCUGAAAUGUGCUGUUUUGCCGUGGCAAACAGCAAGAUUGGUGAGAAGUUUUUCUCACAAAUGAUAUUUUUUUAAAAAGGAACAAGCUUAUUGAUGCCCAAAAACAAAUAACUUAUUAAAUUUCUGUGUAACUUUUUAUCCCGCUGACAAGUAAACAUAUAAUAUUAUCCCUAUUUUGCUAAUUUUCAUUAUCUCA